GGGUGUUUGAGGGCGGAAGGAAAGAAAACGGAAGCGUCCUUCCCGGGCUCUGGGGUGCCCUGGGAGUGCUGCGGUGGCAGCUGAUGGAGCCGGUGCUUUCCACAGCUGACACCCCCAAAAGGACCCGUGGUUGGUGUUGCAUAAACGGCGAGCCUCCAUGAAGCCCUACGCUGGCUUUAGGGCGGCCAGGCUCAGCGCUGUGGGCUUUGGCGCAGGCGGGAGCCUCCUCCGCACUUUUCCGAUCAUCUCUGCUAUUGCUGGUUGUGUAAUAGUUGGGAGGCAGCGCUUAUCCGUGCUCUUCGUUUCGGGCUGUGGUGGCCACUGAAGCCAGGCUGAAAGAAACACCACUCGCCAAUGCUGCGUUUUGGGCUGCGAGAAAAGGAAACCUGGCUCUCCUCCAGCUGCUGCUGAACAGCGGGCGAGUAGAUGUGGACUGCAAAGACAGCCUUGGCACAACAGCUCUGAUGGUAGCAUCUUACUAUGGCCACAUAGAUUGUGUACGGGAAUUGGUGUUGCAAGGAGCAGAUAUCAAUCUGCAGAGAGAGUCAGGUGCAACUUCUCUGUUCUUUGCUGCACAGCAAGGCCACAACGAUGUAGUGAAGUUUCUCUUUGAAUUUGGAGCCUCCACUGAAUUUAAGAAUAAAGAUGGAGGUACUGCUCUUCUAGCUGCUUGUCAGUACGGGCAUGCAAAAGUAGUGGAAACUCUGCUGAAGCACGGUGCCAACAUUCACGAUCAACUUUAUGAUGGAGCUUCUGCAAUUUUCCUGGCGGCACAAGGAGGCUAUCUGGAUGUCAUCCGAUUGCUGCUUUCUUCAGGAGCAAAGGUUAACCAGCCACGGCAGGAUGGGACAGCUCCCUUGUGGAUUGCAUCACAGAUGGGUCACAGCGAAGUGGUGCGAGUAAUGCUGCUGCGGGGCGCUGAGCGAGAUGCUGCGCGGGAUGACGGUACGACUGCUUUACUGAAGGCUGCCAUUAAAGGGUACAACAAUGUGAUAGAAGAGUUGCUGAAAUUCUCUCCUACACUUGGCCUGCUGAAGAAUGGGACCUCGGCUCUCCAUGCGGCCGUCCUGAGUGGCAACGCGAGGACAGUGGCACUGCUCCUCGAAGCAGGAGCAGACCCAUGCCUGAGGAACAAGGCAAAUGAACUACCAGCAGAACUAACAAAAAAUGAACGCAUCCUCCGACUCCUCCGCACGAAGGAAAAGCAAAGGAAAAGCUAAUGCAGCCCUGUAGCAAAUGCGGUUUGACAGAGAUGUGCCCUGACCACAGUACCAUGACAGUAAACCUAGGUUGCCCGAGAAAGGCUUGUUGGAACAGUUUACAGAACUGAUUAGCCUCUCCAGUACACGCUCCCUGAAUGCAUGAGGCCCUUGCCAUGGGCUCGCCAUGGGCUAGGGCCUCAGCCUGGCAUUGCUGAACGAGAGCAGGGCUUGGCCUGAGACCUGUGUUGGCACUGCAGCCCUGCCUGUACUCCGGGAUCCCACUGGUCCCAGCACUGCCGUUUGCUCCUUCAUGCCUGCAGCAUACGUAUCCCCGCACGCGCAAGAGCUCCCACCGUUUCAGACACACGUCCCCAUACUGGCAUGGCCACACACCUGUAACGGGUGCCUCGGGGCGCACGUGUGGGUCGGGAGCACUCAGCCCUUGUGCCAAAAGGAUGCCCAGACCUCGCAGCUGUUUGGAUACAGCUGGUCCCGGAGUAGCCCCAUGCUGCCGCUGCCCUCCCUUCGUUGGCAGCGCUAGCUCAGACCAUUGCUCUCUACCUCCAAGUGCCACAUGGGGCUAGAGGUGAGAUCCCACCUGUGACAUCCCAACAGGAAAAGUCCUCCUGCCAGCCUAGGGUUUUGGUAACAUUUUGGCUACUACGUGAAGCUCCAUAAAAAUGAUGCAAAGCGUUACAAAUUAUGCCAAAAGCUACUGACCAAACAAUAAGCAAGGAGAUGUCCUCCUCAGUUGUAGCAUCUUGAUCUGUCAAUGUCUGGCAACAGAAACACAGAGCAGCCAUUGAUAGCAUUUUGCAAUGCAUACGCAGUGCUAUGGGGAUCCAUCCCCAACCCUACAGUCUAUGUACAUGCAUUUUUGGGGGGCGGGGGGGAGGAUCGGUCACUGAGCAAACCAAUCAGGGCAUAUCAUUCACUGGCACAAGUACAUCAGAAAUUUAGCUGUUGGGCACAACAGCACAGAUGCUAUAAAACUGAUAUAUGUAUGUUCUGUACACGCAUAUAUGUGACACUAUGGUUUAGUACCCACAGCUACUAUGCAAUGCACUUGUUCCCCAGGUCUGUAACGGGAGUUAAGGGAGAAGCGCGCAGUGUACGGGUGUUUGAGCAGCUGGUGAGAGGGUUACACAGAGCCACACUCGAAUAGGCCCACUAAUUAAUGCAGGCAUGGAAAAUGAACUCUCAACAGCAAUUUUGGCCUUUGUUGUAGUUGAGAUGCUUAGACACACUACUAGUGCCUGUGUGGGGAAGGCAGUGUAAAUUGUAGAUGGUUUGUGAAGAGCUAUGUUUUAACCACGUUGCUGUAAGACACCCCAUUAAAACCCAGUCAUUUCUGCAGUAUAAACAGUAUAUAAUACAUCCUGUUAGCCACAAAAACAUUAGAGAUUAUUUUACAGUGAAUCGAGGUAUAAAGUUAGUUCAGUACAUAUAUCCAGGCACUUCACCUGCCUUCAAACCUUAGCAAAUUACUGAAAAAUUGCUUUAAAAGUUGAAGACAGAGAAGAUUGUAAGGAAAAAAAUAUUCCCCGCUUAAAAAAUACCUGCCUAGGAUUCAGCUGCACUGUUGCAGUUUUGCUUCAGUGAGUUAAAAAAAAAAAAAAUCUUUUAGUGAACUAGCACAAAUGAAUCUAGUUUACUUAGUGCAAAUUAGCCAUACAUAUUACCAAAUCAUGAAAUUGUUCUUUUUGUGAGUAAGUUAGGUAAGAAGUCAGGGUUCUGGUGAAGAGAACAGAAGCGGGCGUGCAUUUGCUUGCAAGCUGGAAUUGCUAUUCAAUUUCUAUUCAGCAUUAGAAAGGAAAGCUUUAGGUUUCCAACAAUUUAAGAAGACACCAGAAAAAUCUGUUUGUUUAGGUAAUUCAUGCUGCUGUAUUUUUAAAUUAAAAUAAUGUUGUGCCUAACAGAAACUUGCAGAUGAACUGGUGCAGAACCAAAGAAUUAUGCAAGAUGCUUAGAGGAUGAUUGUAUCCAGGGUUAAGUUCUGCAAAAGACUAAAAAAUACUGAGCAUGCAGAAAUCUCAAGAGCCUUAUUGGGAACUUAAGUUGCACAGCAUUACAUGGGACUGGACUCUAUCUUCUUUAAGAAGCAAUGCUGGAGAGGAUAGUUUUAUUUGGACCCCCCAGUGGGUUGAAGAUGAACAUACUGUUUUGGAGAAUGCUAGAGGGACUCUAGGCAGCCUGGCCUCAGUAUUGAUUUUUCUCCCCAAAGUUUCUUCAGAGCAACAGCUGGGAACAACCACACUCACACAGAUGAAAAGCCCUUUCACAGUUGUAAAGGGGGAGGAUAAUCAUUAGAAGGUCUUCAGUAGUCAUGCUGGGUUAGCGAUAAAUACUCUUAAUAUCAGACACGCUGUAAUGAUCAAGCAGUCUUCCUAAAAAAUGUGGAAGCAUCCACUGUUGGUGAGGGUCUCCUAUUUUUUCCUGAUUGCAGAGCACAGGAGAGAGGACAGGGCAAACCAACAGUGGUCCUGUGACAGAUGAAGUACGCGAGCUGAGACAACAACAUGCAGGUGUCCAGCAUCUGCAGGUGGCCUCUCCUUUCUGCCAGACAUAUUUUCUUGUGAGAGUCGCCUCACCCCAAAGGGGGCAGCUACUCAGCAAAGAGCUGCUUCUUGAACUACACCUGUCCAUGGGAAGAUGCAUGUCUGCUCCCCACCAUUUAGAGGGGGACUUUCCAAGUUUUGUGUCCAGCUGCCUCCAUGACUGGCCACCGCAGCCGGGGCUCUCAUGCAAGAAGCAAAGAACCCCUAGGAUGCUGCGUCCUGUACAGGCCAUCUGCUGACCUCCUUCUGAGAGGAUGCAAGUUACCAGGUCCUCCUUUUUUUGAGUGAUAUUGGGCUAUAACUGGCUUUUCUUAUUUCUAAACAAAAUUUUAAAUGUGGGGCUGGCAUGGCUUGAAGGGAGAGGCUUGUAGCUCCCUCCUUGCUCUCGUUAGUGCUGGCUGAUAGGGCACACAGGUUGGCGGGGCGGGGGAGAGGCUCUGUGGUGGAGAACUGGCAGCAAAGCCUCUCUCUGCCCUGUUCAGGCUGAAGCUGAAUCUAGCUUCAGCAAAGACACUAUUCAGCCAACAUGGGAUUUUUAGGCGUGGAAACCUUCCCAUCGGGAGCAUCUGUUUCAUCUCAGAGCCUUUGGAGAGAGGGCUUCCCUGUAGGCAAAAGGUGCUUAUUCUGCCUGUAGAUGGGCUCAAAAGUUGCAAUACCGUUUCUCACCAUGCAAUUAACCUUUUCACAAAGAAACCUUAACAAUUCUUAGUAUUUACAUAGCUGCUGUUAUCUUUAAAGUGCUCCGUAAAUACUGCUAUGGUUUGUUUGUUGUUCUAAAACGGAAACCUACUUUCCCUUUGUGGCUGAAGUGAUUCACUAAUAUUGACAAUAGUUCUUUGCAUAGUUGUCACGCCUUUUGUGCAAGGCUUUCAAAGUCCUCUACAGACACCAUUACCUUUUUAAGUUCCAAAAUGCAUUGCUGGGGGAGGCAGGAAAAUAGAUUAUUUCAUUCACACACCAGGGAAAUGCAGCAGCUGUUCAUCAGUUCAUAUCAAUAGACAAGAGUAAAUUUAGACUAGAAAUUAAGGGGCACCAAAUCCAUUUCAUAGAUGGCAGGAUGAAGGUAGAUACCAUAUAAUGAUGUGAAAUAGAACUGGGGCAGGAUAACAAGCCAAAUAAUUUUUGGGGUUGGGUUUUGGGGUUUCUUUUCCCCCAAAAGUGCCAUAUAUAUAUAUCCAUCUUACACACCCAAAAAAUCAGCUCUGCUAGCACGCUGCUUUUAGGCUUGCCUCUGCACAUUCAGAUCCAGGGGCCCAGCCUGCUGUCCUCUCCACCUGGGAUUUAUGCAGGUGCUGUAGCCUGGUGACUUCCCAUCAGCUACAAGUGAGUAUGAAGGAUGUGCAACCAAGAACAGGCUCCACAAAUGAGUGAAGGAGAAGUAUAGGCAUCUUUCUUUUAUUUCACUAGUAUCAAGUCGUUGUAGGAUGGGGAUGAGCACAAGGAAAGGCCCAUGGGGUACAGAGAGAAGUGGCAUCCCGUCAGUGACAUGGUAGCCUCAGAGGUCCCAAAUACAUGGAGCUCUUCAUUUAAGAUGAUCAGUGCAGUGCAGUGUGCAGGGACAUGUAUUUAGUAAUGAUACAAAAGGCAGUGUUGUACUUCCUGACUUGCACAUGCUGUUCUUCCUUGGAGUGAAACUGUAUCACUAUUGAUCCACCCACCUCUGUUUAGUUUAGAAGAACUGAGAGGAUUAGAGCUCCAGAUCAAACAGCUGCAGGUCAUAUUUAGUGCACUUUAACAACAAUGAUUAUUUGCCUCAGAGUCAGAGCAUCAUUGCAAGAAUAAUUCACACUUCUUUAUUCAGCCAGUCAUGGUGACUAUUGGGAAAUUUGUAAGUAAACCAAAUCUCAUGUUGUCUCAGAAAUUUCAGAAUUCUUUUCUGUACAGAGAAAAUGAGGUAGCACAAACCCUGUCCCAUUUGUACUUCACUUAAUAUGAACACUGAACGGAUGUAAAAUACUGCCUUUGUCUGGAACCUUUGAGUGAGUGGUGUUAAAACGUUAAUGAUUGCUACAAGUCCAACCAAAGAUUAUACACAUGGAUCUUUUUUCCAGCAAUGGAGUAUUGUACUGCACACAUGGGACUGAAUGGAGUUGUGCCUUCUCACAGGAGGUCUGCAUUUGGUCCUUGGAAAUGUCACAAUAGUUUCAUACUUUUCUGAAUUCCACAGUUUCUUUUGACCUGCCCUUUUAUGCAUUUGAUAAAAGCUAUAUAAAUUUAUGUAACUCUGUGUAAGACUAAUAUUCUGCAACAGGAACGUUGCUUUGCUAAAACACAUUUUUCCAUGCCAUCGUUUCAAUAAAAGUGAAUGUAGUCCUCA